CCUGGGGCCCCAGGGACACUGCCCUAGAGGAGUCCGUCCCCCUUCGCCAGCUUUGGCGCAACCGGAGCUGAGAGUCGCUUUUAGUGUUUGAAUUCCGUUCGGCCAUUGCCCCGGAUCACCCGCACACGCGCACGCAUCCAGCCGCGCUCACAGUCACACACGCACGCCGCCGCCAGGUCGGCAACUUUGUCGGGCGCUCCCAGCGGCGCCCGGCUUCCUCCUGUAGUAGUUGGGCGCAGGCCCCGACUCCCCGCCGUGGUGUCAAACCGGCCGGGGUCUCGGAUUGGUCCAGCCGCCGGGACAACACCUGCUCGACUCCUUCAUUCAAGUGACACCAGAGCUUCCAGGGAUAUUUGAGGCACCGUCCCUGCCAUUGCCGGGCACUCGCGGCGCUGCUAACGGCCUGGUCACAUGCUCUCCAGAGAGCUACGGGAGGGCGCUGGGUAACCUCUAUCCGAGCCGCGGCCGCGAGGAGGAGGGAAAAGGCGAGCAAGGAAGAAGAGUGGGAGGAGGAGGGGAAGCAGCGGAGGAGGAAGAGGAGGAGAAGGAGGAGGAGGGGAGACAAAGAAUCCAGGUCUCCCGGCGGGAGGUUUACACCGAGAACCAUGUGUGCCGAGCGGCUGGGCCAGUUUGUGACCCUGGCUUUGGUGUUGGCUACCUUCGACCGGGCACAGGGGACUGACGCCACCAAUCCUCCCGAGGGUCCCCAAGACAGAGGUUCCCAGCAGAAAGGCCGUCUGUCCCUGCAGAACACAGCCGAGAUCCAGCACUGUUUAGUCAACGCCGGCGACGUAGGGUGUGGCGUGUUCGAAUGUUUCGAGAACAACUCUUGUGAGAUUCGGGGCUUGCAUGGGAUUUGCAUGACUUUUCUACACAACGCUGGAAAAUUUGAUGCCCAGGGCAAGUCCUUCAUCAAAGACGCCCUGAAGUGCAAGGCCCACGCUCUGCGGCACAGGUUCGGCUGCAUCAGCCGGAAGUGCCCUGCCAUUAAGGAAAUGGUGUCCCAGCUGCAGCGGGAGUGCUACCUCAAACACGACCUGUGCUCAGCUGCCCGGGAGAACACCCGCGUGAUGGUGGAGAUGAUUCAUUUCAAGGACUUGCUGCUGCAGGAGCCCUACGUGGACCUGGUGAACCUGCUGCUGACGUGUGGGGAGGAGGUGAAGGAGGCCAUCACCCACAGUGUGCAGACCCAGUGCGAGCAGAGCUGGGGAGGCCUGUGCUCCAUCCUGAGUUUCUGCACCUCAGCCGUCCAGAGGCCCCCCACAGCCCCUCCUGAGCACCAGCUCCAGAUGGACAGAGCCAAGAUCUCCAGGGCCCAUCACGGCGAGGCGGGUCACCACCUCUCAGAGCCCAGCAGUAGGGAGACCGGCCGAGGUGCCAAGGGCGAGAGUGGUAGCAGGAGCCACCCGAAUGCCCAUGCCCGGGGCAGAGCCGGUGUUCCCGGGGCCCAGGGGUCUUCCGGAAGCAGUGAGUGGGAGGAUGAACAGCCCGAGUAUUCUGAUAUCCGGAGGUGAAAUGAAAGGCCUGGCUAUGAAAUCUUUCCUCCAUGCCGUCCAUUUUCUUAUCUAUGGACAUUCCAAAACAUUUACUAUUAAAGAGGGGGGAUGUCACACAGGACUUUGUGGGGAUUGUGGACUUCAUGAAGGUGUGUGUUAGCGGAAUGAACAGGUGAGAUGGAGACCCCCCCGGGGCGGCGAGGCCUCGGGGCCUGAAGAGUUCUGCACUUACGCAUACUCAAGGGAGCACACCGUCCUCCUUGUAACUUUGUCUUCUUUCCACCUGCAGAGCCAGGGGGCGGUGGGCUGCGGUGUCCUCUGUGGGGCGAUGACACGGGGAGGGGCAGGGACAAGCUGGCCCACCUGGGCUGGACCACGCCGUUGGUGCUGGGCCUGGCCCACAGCUUCUGGGACUGUCUUGGCGGAAGGCAGGGCGCCAAGGCGGGAGUGAAUGUAAAACUAUCGCUGGGAACGCAGGAAAGGGUGGGCAGGAGGCAGGGCCAAGGGGGUGCUUGGUGCCAAACCGAAAUUCGGUUCUUGCAUGGGACCUUGCGGUUCAGAGCUGCUUGGGGGUGGGGAGAGUGAAAUCUCUGUGUAACUUCUGAGCCAUUGUUCUGUCUGGGGACACUGAGGGAGUGGCCCUAUGUGUUUAUAUUUUAACCACUGCUUCAAAUCUCAAUUUCACUUUUUUUUAUUUAUCCAGUUACAUCUACAUAUCUGUCAUCUAAAUAAAUGGCUUUCAAACAAA